AUGUCUCAGUACGCCCCCGGCCCGGACCUCAAGACCGCGUUGGACAGCAGUCCCGAGGCCAACACCGAGGAUGACAAGACCGAGGAGGACCUGCCCAUGCCCAAGAACUACCUGUGGCUCACCAUCCUCUCGUGCUUUUGCCCCGCGUACCCCGUCAACAUCGUGGCUUUCGUCUUCUCCAUCAUGUCUCUGAACAGCUACAACGAUGGAGACAUUGAAGGAUCCAGGCGACUUGGAAGGAACGCCAAGUGGGUAGCCAUUGCCUCCAUCAUUAUUGGUCUUUUCAUCAUCGGUAUUUCUUGUGCUGUUCACUUCGCAAGGAGUUCCUGAGGAGCCAGCAAGGCCACAAG